UUCCAUUUUGUCCGGUAGAGCAGCAGUCAGUCAGUUCGCAAAGGGAAACCACUGCCGACGCUUCUCCGACAGCGACACCGGGACCGGACAGCUGGUGACGAUAACCAGCCAGUGAUGUGGUGGUGGCACCGGGACGGUAAAACUAACCGAGGUCCAGCACCGUGAGAGGAAACGACCAAGCCAAAGGAGCUGUCAUUUUCAACUCUGACCGGUUUACCGGCUCUUUCCACAGCAGGGGUGCGUUUUUCGGCACAACAUCGGCGCGGCUCGCUCUGUGUCUGGCUAACCUUCACUAGCUCCUCGGCUAGCACCAGCCCGUCCUGGAAAUCUUGUUCUCACCGGAAGAAGCGACGCCUGCUCCGGCUGUCAGUGUUCCAGAGCCCUCGAACAAACUUCAGACUAUGUUCUCGUCAAUUCCUGCGUACUUUCCACACCCGGCGGAAGUCUUAACGCACACUUUCUUAAGCAAGAAAUAGCUUAUAGGACAAGAGCUAACAAGUUGACGUGGAGAAGGAACUUGGGUUUCUUUUUUUUCCAUUUUUUCUUCUACGUUAAUUUCAAAAGGAUUACUUUUUAUUCAAAACAAGAAACCAAACCAGAGGUGGACCCGUGUCUGUGGUGAUCCCAAACAAACCAAACCAGUUAGCUAUGCUUAUUUGUGGCCAGAAAGUCUUCUCAAGUGUUUACAGAUUCCUCAGUGGGACUCUUUCCUGGUUCGAGUACUGCAACGGAAACAUCAGCUAACACAAACUAGCUCGGAAGUAGUGCCAUCGUAGUUUAUUUACUCAAAAUUAAACUCCCCCCUGCCCAAACUACUAAACUACACGGGAGAACUAAAGCUCGGGCUGCUGGUUGUCUAAUCGGAUCCUUUCGGGACUGCUCAGGGGUUUCUAAGCACCUGGAAAAGGAGAAACGUGUGAGCGUGUGAUCCAGCUCGCAGGCAGCGGACCCAUUCACCGGAUCGUCAUUGAAGUUUUGGCUGAUUGAGUAGAAACAGAAGCGAUGUCGGGCCAAUCUAUCACGGAUCGGAUCACCGCCGCGCAGCACAGCAUGACCGGAUCUGCCAUCAGCAAAGCCGUGUGCAAAGCCACCACGCACGAAGUGAGCGGACCCAAGAAGAAACACCUGGACUAUCUGAUCCACUGCACCAAUGAGAUGAACGUGAGCAUUCCCCAGCUGGCGGACACACUUUUCGAGCGCACGGCCAACUCCAGCUGGGUGGUGGUCUUCAAAGCCCUCAUCACCACCCACCACCUCAUGAUGUACGGCAACGAGCGUUUCAUCCAGUACCUGGCUUCCAGAAACACUUUGUUUAACCUCAACAACUUCUUGGAUAAGGGAGCCCUGCAAGGUUAUGAUAUGUCCACUUUCAUCAGACGGUAUAGCCGUUAUCUGAAUGAGAAGGCCAUGUCCUACAGACUGGUGGCUGUGGAUUUCACCAAGAUGAAGAGAGGAAUUGACGGCGUGAUGCGCACCAUGAACACGGAGAAGCUGAUCAAGACGCUGCCCAUCAUUCAGAACCAGCUUGACGCUCUGCUGGAUUUCCAGGCUAAUCCCAAUGAGCUGACCAAUGGAGUCAUCAACUCGGCCUUCAUGCUGCUCUUCAAAGACUCCAUAAGGCUCUUUGCUGCUUACAAUGAAGGAGUCAUCAACCUGUUGGAGAAAUACUUUGACAUGAAGAAGAACCAGUGUAAAGACGCUCUGGACAUCUACAAGAAAUUUCUCUACAGGAUGACCAAACUGUCAGAGUUCCUCAAAGUGGCUGAGCAAGUUGGAAUAGAUCAGGGUGACAUCCCAGAUCUCUCACAGGCCCCCAGCAGCCUCCUGGAGGCUCUGGAGCAGCACUUGGCCUCUCUGGAGGGCAAGAAGACGAAGGAGUUGAAUGCAGACGCCAGAGCGUCCACCCUGUCUAGCGCCGUCUCGUCUCUGUCCUCCACGGGCAUGUCCUUCAGCCGUAUGGACGAGAAGGAGAAGCAGCAGGCUCUGGAGGAGGAGCAGGCCAGGCUGCAUGCUCUUAAGGACCAGCGCCUGAAGGAGAUCAGCAUGCAGACUCCCCCCUCCGCCUCUCCCAGCAGCCUGUCAAUAGGCAGCGCCAACAACAACAACCACAUCACGCAGACCCCGGAGCUUUUCAACUCUGCUCUGACUGCCAACAGUGUUCCCAACCUGAACAGUGACCUGUUUGAUCUCCAGCCGGCCUUCAUCCCCGCUGUGCAGAGCACUCCUUCCAUCUCCAAUGUCAACAGUGCCUGGGGAGGACUGGAGAGCCAGCCGCUGCAGCAGAGCGCCCCAGCCCUGACUGUAGAUUUUGAUGCUGUGUUUGGGAACAAAACCGCGUCCAGUAACAACGGCCCGCAGCCUGCAGCCGGGUUUGAUGCUCUGGGGGACCUACUAAAGCCGACGAUUUCAGCACACACCGGUCCACCACCUCCUGGUCCCGCUCACAUGGCCAUCCAUCCUGGAGGAAAGUUGCUAGCCAACGACCUAGACUCCUCUCUGGCCAAUCUCGUGGGCAAUCUGCAGUUUGGUGGAACCUCAGUCAAGAAGCCAGAGAUGCAGUGGAACCAGCCUGGCGAGAAGAAGCUCACUGGAGGCCAAAACUGGCAAAAUAAGACCAUGUCGACCACACAGUGGAGCCCUGCGCCCAUGGCCCCACAGCCCAUCCCUGUACAACAUGUGAAUGGAAUGUUCUAUACUAGUUAUGCUCCAGCUCCAAUGGCGUUCCCCAUGACCACAUCACAAGUGCCUGUGUAUGGAAUGGUCCCUCCCCAGAUGGGUCAGAUGGGUGGGGUACCCGUUAUGGCUCCACAGCCAAUGAUCUACAACCAGCCGGUUCUAAGACCCACCAACCCCUUUGCACCCAUGCCAGGAGCCCAGAUGCAGUUCAUGUAAUCCAGUCAGGGGGAAGCUGAGUGCCAAAAGCAACAAACAAACAGCAGAAGAGGACGAUCAGGUGGACGGACGGAUGAUUUGAUCAAGUGAAUCGACUCAAGAGACAGAAAAGAUCACCGACAGGCACCUCAACAGAGGAAAGAGCAAGAUGACAUCACAUGGGGUUGGAGGGAUGGAGGAGGAGGAGGAGAUAUAGUCCUGAGUGGUCAUUGUUUGAAACAACUGUGUGUGUGUGUGUGUGUGUGUGUGUGUGUGUGUGUGUGUGUGUGCGUGUGCGUGUGCGUGUGCGUGUGCGUGUGCGUGCGCGUGCGUGUGCGUGUGCGUGUGUGUGUGUGUGUGUGGUUUCAUUUAUGUUUAAAAACCUACCGAUGGAGGAUGUUUGAUGGGAACGAGGGCGGAGAUCUGAACGUGAGCCCCUGGAGAGUCUCUGCUGGAGAAUUAGCUUUAUUUCACACUGGUGCUAUUUGUCCUCUCUGGGUUACUGUCCGCCUGCAACAGCAACUUAGGAGCACUUAUGAGAGGACAAGAGUGUGUGCGCGCGCGUGUGUGUGUGUGUGUAGCAGUUGUUUCAAGCAUUCCAGCCACCCUCCUCUCCAGCCUCCUUCACUGUUUGUUUUCACUCUUUUCUCAAUAGUUUUCCUGUAGGUGUUAUUAUGUUUAGUAUUUUCAGUCGUGUUUCUCACCAGCUGCUCGUUGAAUGUUAUCAGGGCUUCUAAAGCAAUUGUGGUUUUGGAUCUAAAGUUUUUGUUUUCUCCACCUAAAGCUGCGGAGUCGGGUGUGGUGAGAGGCGGGUUCUUUUCACACCAAAAUGUGAUCAGUUCUGGGGUGUCAGAUCCAACUGGGCUUCAUGGGUUGGGGGGGGGUCUUUAAUUAAAUGUAAUUUAAAAUAAAAUCUAUUUGAUCUUUUUCAUAUUCGACCCUAAAUCAUUGAACAACUUGAUGUCUGCAAGCAAAUAACUCUUGUAAUUUUACUUGAUCUGCCUGCAACAAAUGAGUUUGUGUCUCCUUAAGGCUGUACCAAACAGAAGGGAGUUCUUCUUCCUGGCUAGCUUUCAGCCAGUUAGCGGUGUUGCUAACGAGAUGAUGCAGUCUGUUGAGAAGCUGUGCUGAGGGUUAUAAACAUUCCCCACUUUCAUGCAGACGUUUAAACCAGCUCGAGGAGAUGAAAUGAAAACGGGUUGGUUUGUGUGUUUGGACUCUAAAACCUUUAUGAUGAGAACUUUAACCUUGAUGUCUUGGAUAGUCCAUGUGGACCUGCUCUGUUUUGUUUUCUUAUUAAGAUUUUCAAAAUAAGAGCGUUUUCCUUAUGCACGACCUCGUGGUAAAUCAGUGUUUAAGUGAUGGAUGACAACAGCAGCACUUAGUGGACUUAAUGCGACUAAAUCAAGUUAAAUUGCACUGAUUGAAAGCUGGAAGCUGCAUCCUAGACUCCACCUGUGCACCAGUGCCAUGCCGGGGUCUGAUGGUCGCUCCGUCCCCCUUCAGCUUCUACUGCUGCUCUGUUGGCGUGUAAUGCUCUCUGUAAUGGUUUUGUUGUUCGUUGAGGGCUAUUUCUGGGAUCAUGUUUAAAGGCGAAUGUUUGAAUUCUUUUUUCUAAAACUAAAAUGUUGUUGCAAAAAUGUACAUGCAAAAAAAAAGUUGCACUGAAGAGGCUACCUUGCAGUAGUGGAGCCGUCACCAGUUCCAUUGGUGUCCAAUCGUUAGAGAUUAGACGUUUCUAGGAAUAGUUUUGGGGUAUCGGAGAAUAAAGUUUGUUUUAUUUUGGCGAGUAACUGAAAGUUGAUUUCCUGCCACUCUAACAAUGAACUUGAAGCUUUUUUGUAAAUCCCGUCCCUGCUCCCCAUUUGCCAUUCCGGCCCACCUACCCACCGGUAAAUAGUCCGGCUCAUGGUCCGGUCUCCCGUGAAGUCUCUCUACAACGUCCCUUCAGUCCCUCUGGUCCCGUCGCUCUCUAGAAGCUUUUAUUUAGUUGGCCCGCUUGGUCUGUAAUUAGUCUGUGUAGAUAUGUAAAAUGCUUACUGGUUCCUGUGUAGAUCGUCACACCCGUCACUGUCCGUAGAUCUUUAAAGGUUUCUUGUCACGGUCUUGUGUUAGCUUAGCCUCUCUUAUCGAACCCCUGUGGAAGACGUCUCUCCCCGCUGUAGGUUGUCCCAUCCAGUCCCUGCCGGUGUCUAGACGCGAUAGCUCUUUACCCUCCCCCCGUCGGUGUCUCUGUCCUGUAGCUGUAGAUCAAACAUUUCAGAGGCUCUUUGGCUUGGUGGUGUCACUUCUCAAUCUUUGCUGUAGAAUUUGUUCCAAACGUUUGAAGAUAUUUUUCCUCCCUUCGUUCUAAACGACAUUCGUAUGUUUCCUCCUCAGAAACGGUCUCUGAUUGGACCAUUACGGUAAAGCACACGCUUGGAUUUCCAGGUUUUUAGAAAAAUCCAAGCUCAAUUCUAGUUACGCUCUCAAAAACCUCCCACAUUUCUUCUUCUGUCUUCUUCCCUGCAUCAGAAAUGAAUGUAGACGAUGGAGAAAAGCUGAACGUUAGCAUCCAACAAGAAUCGUGUGCGAGCUUAAAACCACUUUUAUAAAAAAUAAGUAUGCAGAGGCUGAGUCAGCUGUUGCCUCAUCACAAUUUGUCUAACUAGUUUGUGUCUUUAGGGACAAUCGGUCACUUUUGAGUAACUUUGCGUUAGAAAAUUUCAUAAAAAAUAUUGCAUGGAGUUGCAAAAGACAAAAUUAGUAAAAUUUUCACUUUACUGAAGUGAAUUUUAAACUUUUUCCCCAAUAUUUAGAGGUCAAACAUAUACUAGACUCUAAAGAUGUAUUCUGAUCAUCUCCAAAGGAAAACUGACCAUCGUUGGGUCAUGACAGAUUUAUAGGUCGACUAAUGUGUAACCAAGUAAAAAUGGGUGACUUCCUAGUUUGUUUACUAGUUGUUAAAUAAUUCUGCUAACGAGGUAACCCUGACUCUAGGACUAUACGUUCUAUUCCUCCCAUUGUGCCCACCAUCUUACUGUCUACAGUACUGUGGUGUAAUUUGGUGCUUUCGGGGCACUGAUCCAGGACCAGCCCUGGAUGUUUAUGACCAGGUCCAGCUGGAGCUGGGAUGGUCGUUAAUCGCCUCGUUAGACAUUAGAAGUAAUUGGUUUGGGGAAAUGAAGCAGGUAUUUGUGGUAUUCAGGUCAAGAAUGUUCCUUUUUAUGGUCCAAACUUUUACAUUCAGCUUUCUCUGCUGGUUGGUUUCAUGUCGAGUGAUUUCUCAGUCAUCACAUAUCAAAGGGAGAGAGCUAUUUAGUUUGGUUUUUGGGGGCCUGCUAAUUGUUUCUGGCUCACGUCCUCGUCUCUUUAGCGCUGAAGCAACUGCUGGUAAUUAUUCCAGUUUCAUCGUGGCGGUGAUUUGUUUUUGGGCCAGGCGUGACGGCUCUAUUAGUACACCUCCUCCUUUAAUGCUCAGAUACUUUCUCACAUUAGCAGCUGGGAGUUUCCCAGAGCGGUCAUCAAUUUCUGGUGCUUUCCCAGUUAGUGUGGGAUCAGUGCUGGGAGCUCUGGGUCAGGGUGGGUUCUGUAAGCUGGUCCCUGCUUUGUCGUGGCAUGACCGUGGUUGAUGGAGGAGAAACCUUGAUGUCUGAUGUUUGCCGUCCCCCGUGUGUCCGACGGUCUUGUCAGGACAGAUCGAUUCAGCUCAACCAGUGAUUGGCCGUCCAGGUCAGCGGGUUCACCGGCUGUGUGGGCUGACAUGAUGCACGUUUUGUACUUACGAUAAACGAGCCAGACGGCACAAAGGGUUGCCAAACUUUCUACGUUCUUGUUCUCUUGCAGCUCGCAUCGGUGGGUCGCUGCCCCAGAGUCAGAACCUGAAAUCAAAAGAACAAAGACUUGGAUCUUCGUUUUGUCGGUCGGUGUAUUGCGUCAGAGAUCUCUUGUGCACGUUUUAUUAUUUUUCUUAUGUGUUUUUUUUUCAGUAAGAACCCUUGAUUGCUGCCUCACUUUUCAGUAUAUAGAGAAAUACACACACACACACAUACAGCUUAAAGACUAAUGACAACUCUUACUGUGUUCAUUUACUCCUGUUUUUGUUGUUCUUGUACAUGGAUGAUGGUAGCACCAUAUCGGUAUGUUUGUACGCUGCUGAUCAGACACACCGUGUGGAUUUCCAGGGCUGCAGACCUCCCCGUUACAUCAGGAUCAGCCGUGAUUUCUCAGCGAUGCCAAAUGUUUUUUGGAGCAUAGAUCAACCUGCUAACCUCUCAUUUUAUUCUUCUGUCUCCUUCCCCCGUCUCUUUGUACAUGUUUUCUAUUUAUUUAAAGCAGAAAUAUAUGGAGUGUAUCAAGCAUGGAAAAGCAAACAAGUGUUACAGUUGAUUUAGAAAAAAUGGGCUUUUAUUUUACAGCAGUAUAUUUGUUUAUUCUAGGUGACUUGUUUCCUCUUUAUCUUUUUCUCUUUUUUUUUGAAAGAAAUAAAAAGUCUUUUUUUUCAUUCCUA